AUGAGCACAUCGCUGGAGAAACAGAAGCGGACUUUAAGUGAACAGUUGGAGCGUUUUGAGCAGCAUCAACGGCAGUGGCAACUUGAGCAACAGAGGCGUCUAGAGCAGAUGGAAGAACAGCAGAAGCUUGAGCAGCGGCAGAACAUCGAAUUGCAGCAGCGGAAGCAGGAGCAGAUCGUCCGAACGCAGCUAGGACAGUUGCAAUUGCAACAGCCAAAUUUACAACCCGUCAGGAUCGCGGAGAAGACCACGUUAGAAGGAUUCACGGAAGAUAAACAACGAAACACUGAGUUGCUUACAAACUCAAUCAGCAACAAUGUGAAGGCACCGGCCAGGGUCGACAAAGCAUCCUCAAAGUCAUCGGAGCGUUCAGCGAAGCUCAAAGAACUGGAAAUGUUGGAGCUCAGCGAUUCCGAGGCCGAAUCGGUCACAAGUUUGGAGAAGAUCAACGAAUGGCUGGAGAAAACAGAGAACAUGGGGCAGGGAACAGGAAAUUACUUGGACGAUUCACCGCUGCCGGUAUACGACGAAAUACUACGGAAACCGGCCACGGCAUCGAUCCAACCUGGCCGUUUAAGCAACUGCGCUCCAGGUGGACGUCAACUGCAUGUAGUUCCACAGCAAACUGAUACGAGCCCCGCAACUGGUACGUGCCCAGCUCACGCGAGAUCUGGCGAAAACAUCCCGCGAGUAUCAGCGCACUAUCAGCCCUUGUUCGGUGGAUAUCAAGCACCAAUAGCCGCCACGCCAUCGGCUCCUCUAUAUACCGUAGCAUCGCAGCAACCGAUAAUGUCGACAACUUACCCGGCAGUACAUUAUCCACAUCCUGUCUCGCAGAAUGUAGUCAACUCACAAGCUAUCGGCCAGCCACCGCUUCUAACGUCAACUCCGCGGCAAAAUAUGGCUUCCUAUCAACAUCAAAUGAAUAGCGAUUCCAUUCCGCUUACCAGUAGUCACCUUGCAGCGCGACAAACAGUGAAGGAUCUACCAAAGUUCGGCGGAGACCCAGAGGAUUGGCCACGAUUCAUCGCGGCCUACGAGCGCACCUCGAGGAUGUGCGCGUUUCGGAACGACGAACUGCUGGAUCGGCUGGAACGAAGCAUUCACGACAAGGCACUCAACGCGGUUAAAAGUCUACUGCUCCAUCCCGACAACGUUCCUGUGAUAGUGAACCGACUGAGAACCCUCUUCGGUAAUCCGGAGUCCAUCGUUGAAACAAUGGUUCAGAGGAUUCGAGCGAUGCCUUCACCAAGAAGUGAUAAGAUGGAAUCGAUUGUCGACUUCGGAGUUGCAGUUCAGAACUUGUGCGCAACUAUACAGGUAUGCCAGAUGGACGAACGAUUUUACAACGUUGCACUGAUGCAAGAGCUGGUCGAGAGCCUACCAUCACCGUUGAAGAUAAAAUGGGCAUUCUAUCGGAAGGAGAUUGGAGCUGUCACGCUCCUGCACUUCAACGCCUGGCUUGGUGAGAUGGUUGAAGCGUUAUGUCAAGUGAUUCGACCAGCAGUAUGGGCCAAACCCGAGCACAAGUCGGAUAGGAAAGUUCGGAGAGAGGAUGUCUUCGUUCAUGCACAUUCCUCACAUAUACCGGAACAGGUGGAUCAUCAUAAUUGCCUGGCGUGUGGAAACGAUUGCAGUUCUCUCGACGAUUGUAGCAGUUUUCUCAAUAUGUCCUCUAAGGCUCGAUGGGCGUUGGUGAACGAGAAGAAGAUCUGUCGAAAGUGUCUUAUCAAGCACUUUAAAGCCUGUGAUAGGAAGGUUCCCUGCGGCCUGAACGGGUGUAGUUUUCUUCAUCACCGGUUAUUGCACGAUGACAGCAAACAUAAUAAACCAUCGUCAUCCAUUUCGACUCAGGACACCUCAGUGAACGCGCAUCACAGUUCACAGGGGAGAGUUUUACUGAAAUAUGUUCAAGUCACGGUGUAUGGCAGAGGAAAAACGAUCAACACGUACGCGUUCCUUGAUGCAGGGUCGACUUCGACGCUUAUGGAACACAGUUUGUGGGAGGAGUUGAACUUGAGCGGUGAAAAAUCUCCAUUAUGCAUCUCCUGGACUGGUGGACAAGGGCGUUAUGAGAAAGAAUCAGUUGUGUUUUCGGCCGAGAUUUCCGGAGCCAAGACUCCAGGGCAAAUCUUUCAUCUCGCGGAAGUACACACAGUGAGAAGCCUAGACCUGCCGGCACAGACGGUGUCUGUACCAGAUCUAGCAAUGCACUUUCAGCACCUGUCGGGAUUGCCAAUUGAAUCAUAUGCCGCCGUGAAGCCAAGAAUUCUCCUGGGAAUUGACAGUUGCCGCUUGGAGUACCCGCUUGAUUCCAGAGAGGGAUUCGAAAAUCAGCCAACAGCCGUCCUAACCCGGCUAGGCUGGGUAGUCUAUGGUCCGUGUUCAACUUCAGAGCAAACAACGGAGAAAAGAGACGUUUCAUAUGGGUACCAUAUCUGCCAUUGCGAAGGGCUUCAUUCAGCUGUCAAGAAUUACUUUUCCAUGGAUAGCCUUGGAGUUCAACUUUCCGAGAAGCCGCAAAUGUCGAAGGAUAACGAAAGAGCGAUGGACAUGCUGAGAACCAAUACGAUCUUCCAAGAUGGAAGAUACGAAACCAGCUUGCUAUGGCGCUACGAUGAAAUCCGACUACCGGGGAGUAGAACCAUGGCCCUGAAGCGACACGAUUGUUUGAGCAAGCGCAUGGCUCGUGAACCAAGAUUAGCCAAGGAACUGCAGGAAAAGAUCCAGGAUUAUCAAGACAAAGGCUACAUUCGCAAGCUGUCGGCGCAAGAAGAAGCUACACACACUGGAAGAUCGUGGUAUCUGCCGAUUUUUCCGGUCGUGAACCCGAACAAACCCGGUAAGCUACGUAUCGUUUGGGACGCCGCUGCCAAAGUGGGGAAACUAUCGCUUAAUUCGUUCCUUCUGAAAGGCCCUGAUCAGGUCACACAGCUACACCACGUCCUUCAGCGUUUUCGUGAGUUCCGCACGGCGGUCACAGGAGAUAUUCGCGAAAUGUUUCACCAAGUGCGAAUCAAUUGCGAAGACCAACAUUGCCAGCGGUUCCUGUGGAAUGAUGGUGUCCCCGGAAAGAUCCCUUCGACGUACGUAAUGCAGGUCAUGACAUUUGGUGCGUGUUGCUCUCCGAGUAGUGCACAAUACAUUAAGAACCUGAAUGCAGAACGAUUCAGAAAUCAGCUUCCAAAAGCAGUUGAUGCGAUUUGCAAAGGGACGUACGUCGACGAUAUGCUUUGUAGCGUAGAAACAGAAGCAGAAGCCGUGAAACUCGCGCAAGAUGUUCGUCAAAUACACGCAGAUGGGGGAUUUGAAAUACGAGGGUGGCUGUCGAACUCCAAGAAAGUAGUGGAAUCUAUGGGUGAACAGAUAUCAAACCAAAAGGACUUAAACAAGGAUGGAGAGCUGUCUACCGAAAAGGUCCUGGGCAUGUGGUGGAACACGACUGACGACACAUUCACAUUCAAGAUUCCGAAACGAUGCCGUCAGGAGCUGUUGUCUGGCAAACAAGUUCCCACAAAACGGGAAGUACUGAAAAUCCUUAUGUCCGUCUACGACCCGCUAGGAUUACUCGCUAACGUGUUGAUGUUUCUGAAGGUUCUACUCCAAAAUAUCUGGCGCUCUAACAUAGGAUGGGACGAGCCAAUAUCGGAUAAUCAUCUAGAAAAGUGGAGAGCAUGGCUUAGUGUGUUGCACAACGUACAUACUGUAUGCGUUCCUCGUUGUUACCGAACUACAACAUCAUCAUCAGUCGAAAGCAACGAACUCCAACUUCAUGUCUUUGUCGAUGCGAGCGAGAACGGAUAUGCAGCAGUAGCCUACUUUCGCUUCGCAGAACGUGGUACGAUUGAGUGUGCCUUCGUUACUGCUAAAACCCGUGUCGCUCCUCUGAAGUACGUCUCAAUUCCUCGUUUGGAACUUCAAGCGGCAGUUAUUGGCACGCGUCUGGCGAAAGAUAUUGCUGAAACUCAUCGGAUCUCAAUCAGCAAACUUUUUUUCUGGACCGACUCUAGAGAUGUUAUGUGCUGGCUACGCUCCGACCACAAAAGGUACAGUAAGUUUGUUGCCGCCAGAACCGGUGAAAUUCUGGAAAAUACCGAACUGUCGAAGUGGUUGUGGCUACCAACGAAGCAAAACGUAGCCGAUGAAGGAACGAAGUGGCAGAAAACUCCCGAUCUUUCUCCAUCAUGUCGAUGGUUUAAAGGGCCGGAUUUCCUGUGGCAGCAGUAUUGUGAGUGGCCGGUUCAGCCAACGAGUAACGAGACUACCACUACCGAAAUGAACGCACUUGUUAACACACAUGCAGUCCAUAAGCCCGUAAUGAACUUUUCAAAAUACUCCGACUGGCGGAAGCUCCUGAGAAUCACCUCCUACGUGCUUCGAUUCCUCAGAAACAUUCAAGCCAGAUUGCAGAAGCGUCCACCAGCAAUCGGAAUUCUCAACCAGUCGGAACUGUUCGAGGCAGAGCGCUGUAUAUAUCGGCAAGUUCAGAUUGAAGUCUACGGUGAAGAGAUGUUGAUACUGAAACGUUCCAAGCUAGCAGACGCGAAGUUCAUGGUUCCGGUUCCCAAAAGCAGCUCACUGUACAAGCUUUCACCGUUCGGAUGA